AUGUUUCUCUUGAUCACCCUCGAUUUUCUUCGCCACAAGGUUGCCGUCUUUGCUAGAAGGGUGAGAAAUUACGCUACACGAAAACUUGAUUUCGAAAAACAAAACAACAGCAUCAGCAGGUGGUCUGAACAACUUCCAGAGGAUAUCAUGCAAUCAAUUCUGCAACGGCUCUCCAUAUCAGAUUACGUACGAUGCAAGGCGGUAUGCCUUUCUUGGCGAGCCUCUGUUGACAUGGCAAUUGCCACCAAGCACUGCCCUCCUUCUUCCCAACUUCCAUUGCUUAUGCUAUGCUCUCACCCCUCGUCCAUGAUAGACCAUUGCUUUGUAAGUCUACGUCUUCGCACGAAAACAACUCACAACAAGGCACCACCAAAUUAUAUUCCUGCUAUUUACAACAUGAUGAUGAACAGGUUGGGUUAUGUUGGUUCAAUUGAGGGCUGGUUGAUCAUGGUUGAUAGCGUUUUGUGGCAUCCCGAGAGUAACAAUUUCAUGAAAUCAUGCUCAUUAUACUUACAUAAUCGUAACCGGGGAAGCACUUUCAAUAUAAUCUACUUUUUAUUGAAUCCGAUUACGGGUGCCCGAGUGAUGCUCCCAUCCUCACAGUCCAGUACUCUCCUUCCAUGUGGGUGCAACAAUGGACCUUCCUUCCCCAUUGUUAAAGUAGUUGCCUCCGCAUCACCAACAAGCCAACAUUGUUUCGUGGCUAGCCUUUGCUCAACAGGGCAUGUAGCUUUCUGCAGUCCUGCAGACAAAUCCUGGACACUCAUCGAUGAAGGGCUCAAUUUUUGUGAUAUAGAAAUUAUGGGUGGGAAGUUAUAUGCUGCAACUGAUGAGGAUGAACCCGAGGUUUUAACGGUGUUUGACAUCAUCCAAGAUGCCGAUGGUCAUCCUAGCUAUAGGGCUCAAAAACUGGUUAUGCCGAUUCCUUUCAUGUUCUACGAUAUUUGGAGAAUGGAUGAUGGUGCCCUGCAUGUCACCGACUUUGAAGAGAUGCAGCUAGCAACAGAUUCUACAUCAAGGGAGUUGUUUAUGAUUCUUCGUAGGACUAACUUUUCUUUAAUGGGUGAAGAAGAUGAUGAAGAUGAUGAAGACGAAGAACUUCAUUUGUUAGAUGGCAGUUACAUCAAUCCACCUAAGACUAAGGGAUUUCGAGUUUUCAAGUUGGAGCAUGACAUUCAUGGUGGUGGUCCUCCUCGAUGGGUACAAGUUUUUGACCUAGGUGAUCGAAUAUUGUUUAUAAGCGAGACGACCAACAUAUUUAUGCAUAGAUAUAGUGGCUGCAUCCUUAAUAAUGAUAAGACACUCGAAAGAAACUGCAUCUAUUUUGCUUUCGAUUAUCCUUGUUUAUCAUCACUGUCGGCUGCCCACGAUUUUGGAGUGUUUUCCAUGACAAACGGAAGCCUUACACCUCUAAGUUUGUCCAAUACUCCUCCUGCUUUACUUCACAGUCGACCCAUUUGGUUCACACCAAGUCUUUAG